UAAUAAUAAUAGCCAAUAUUUCCCUACUGAGGCACUAUGCAAGCAUUUUACAUAUAUUAAAAUUCAUUUACUUUUCACAAAAAUCUGUGAAGUCGUUAUUAGCAUUAUUUUUAUUUUAUGAACAUGGAAACUACUAAGAUUUGAACUCUAGCACUUUAAUUCUGGAGUUUCUAUGAAUUAAAGCACCAUAUUGUCUCAGUUUUGGAAGCAGUGAUGCUAAAAAUCUUUAUUUAAAGCAGUGUUUCCCUUUAAACAGGUACCAUUUGGCUGUCACAGUGUAAUUAGGAGCAAACACUAACUAUUUUUACUCUUCAUGUUGCUGUCAAAAAAAGGGUAAUUUGUGACUAAUCAAACAGAAGGAAAGCAAGAUUCCCCAGGAAUAUAAACAAAACAAUACAUCUUAAGUAAGAUGCAUUUAUGUUUCUCUGUAGAGUUGUGGGGGGGGGUGCUAUUUGUGUGUGUGUGUGUGUGUGUGUGUAAAAUAGGCGAAUGGACCCCAAAAACACUAGCUGCUGCUUAAAAGGAAAGGGGCCAAGAUCAGAAUUUGCUCAAACAGGGUUUCAGUCAUAUUUUUAUGGUUUCAACAUGCAAAAAAUCAUGUAUUCAUAAUGUUGUCUAAUUAAAAAAUGUGUUUCUUCUUUUUCAGUUGCCUUCACUCCCGUAAAUGUCUCUAUUCAUAUAUUUAUUCCAUUAACUCACUUUGGGAACAUCUUUGUUUGAUAUUCAUUUCUUUGUUCUCUCAGAAAUAGGUAUCUUUUUUAAAAAAUAUAACAUAUUAAUAAUUUCAGUAUUCCAUUGUAAGGCAUGAAGAUAUCUGCUGUUCAAAAAGAAUUUAAGAAGUACUUCUUGAGUUGUAUUUAAGAAUAUCUGAUUGGUUUUAUUGUGAGCUUUCAUGUGAAGGUUUCUUUAAGAUAUUUAUAUACCCACAAAUCUCCUUUAAACUCCUAGUGCAUUCCUAAAAUAUUUUUCAUUCAAAUCAAAUCCUUGCAACCUGUUCCUUCUCCUUUAACAAAAUUGGCCAAUACAAAAAAAAAAAAUAUUGCAUUCUUGUUGAGACUGUGUUGUCUCUGUUUUCUUCAAGCAAUUCUAUGGGUUGAGGCUUCUCUGUUGAAACUUGUUGAACUAGUUUCAUUUCAAGGACUUGUAAUCUGUUUCCUUAAUUUCUUCCCGCUGUAGACAUCUACCAAAUCUAGAGAUGUCAUUCAGUUGAUUAGAAAAUCGAGUUCAGUGGGUGCAGACCUACAAGAUCAUAUUCUUCCUCCUGUUGGUGAUGUAUCGGGCAGUUGGAUUUGGUACCCGAAGGAGAGCCCUGCAGCCAUGGAUGAUCACCCUUCUGGUUGUGUUAUCACUGAUAGUGGUGGCAGUGGUCAUCGGUCUUCUAAUUCACUUCUUAGUCCCUGGCCAAAAAAUGGAGUACUAUCAUGGCACCUUUAAAAUGUCACAUCUACAAGUCAGUAACAAUUUUGGACAAAACAGCACAUAUCAAUUUAAAGAUUUAAGGGAGAUGAGUGAAAACAUGGUAAGUCAGGUGGAUGAGAUAUUUAUUGACUCGACCUUGAACAAGCACUACAUCGAGAAUCGGGUAGUCAGAUUGACUCCACAAGAAGAUGGUGUGAAAGCAGAUGUCAUUAUGGUAUUCCAGUUCCCCUCUACUGGACGAAGAGCAGUUAGAGAGAAGAAAGUCCACAGCAUCUUAAAACAAAAGAUAAGGAACAUAAGAGCCUUGAGGAUAAAUGCCUCAUCAGUUCAAGUUAAUGCAAUGAGCUCAUCAACAGGGAAGCUAACUGUCCAAGCAUGUUGUGGCAAACGUACUGUCCCAUUAAUUGUCAACAGAAUAAUGUCUGGAGACAUUGCAGCCAAGGCUGCUUGGCCUUGGCAAGCUUCCCUUCAGCGUGAUAACAUCCACCAGUGUGGGGCCACCUUAAUUAGUAAUACGUGGGUCGUCACUGCAGCACACUGCUUUAAGAACAAUGCGAAUCCACGUCAAUGGACUGUCAGUUUCGGAACCACGAUCAACCCUCCCUUGAUGAAAAGAAACGUCAGAAGGAUCAUUGUCCACGAGCGCUACCGCUCCCCAGCGAGAGAGUACGACAUCGCGGUGGCGCAGUUCUCCCCCAGAGUCGCCUUCUCAGACGACAUACGCCGCGUUUGUUUGCCGGAAGCUUCCGCCUCCUUCCGACCGAAUUCGACGGUCUACAUCACCGGAUUCGGAGCGCUUUUCUACGGUGGGGAAUCCCAAAAUGAUCUUCGAGAAGCCAGACUGAAAAUCAUAAGCAAUGACGUGUGCAAGCAACCACAGGUGUACGGCAAUGAUAUAAAAUUUGGGAUGUUUUGUGCCGGAUAUCUGGAAGGAAUUUAUGAUGCCUGCAGGGGCGAUUCUGGAGGACCUUUAGUGGCAAAGGAUAAUAAAGAUACCUGGUACCUCAUUGGAAUUGUGAGCUGGGGUGAUAACUGUGGUCAAAAGAACAAACCUGGAGUCUACACAGAAGUGGCUUAUUAUCGACGCUGGAUUGCUUCCAAAACGGGCCUUUGAUUCACUUCAGAAGUUAGACAAAGGGCUGUAUGCAGGUCAUACAUGCAUGAGAGUCCAAGUAUUCACAGGGCAUAGCACAAUGACCUGAGACAAAGACUAGGCCUGGCACCAUGAGACACUGAUAUGAUGUAGUUUACAACCACGUUAGUUGACCAGUAAUCCUUAGGCAAUUUAUAAAGAGUUUUCUUUAUAAAUUAAAAAUAAAUAGAGCAGAGAAAGUUAGAUGUUUAAAUUGGAAAACCUGGAGUAUGAGUCACACAAUCAAUUUUUGAUACUAGUCCACGACAUUUUUAGAAGGCCUUUGUCAGGGGUUUCCCCAUAAGGGAAAAACCUUUUGAAGUCUUAAUGAGGCCAGGAACUCCUUACAGGUAUACAGUUCCUCAUCAUUCCUCCAGGGUCCAGAAAUACAUUUUUUUCUUCUUAUUCUUUCAGGCAUUACAAAGAGUUUUUUCCACAAGAAAUGAAUUCUCUUCUUCUAAAUCUAUCUCAGGGACACUUAUGAAAGAACGUUCUAUUCAUAAGAAACAAAGUCUAGUGAGAAAUCAAGCCCGAAAUCACAUACCAGUGUUUAGUUGUGAAACCCUUCUUACUCUCUUGUUGAUUUUUAAAUACACACACACAUACACACACACUCACACACAAAUAGACCUUACCCUAUAGACACGAACAGAGGAAACCUGAUUAAUGAAUGCUAUGUGUGAAAGUAUCUGAAGAAGUUUGUGGAAGACAGAAUUAAAAGAAAAAGUUUGUUUUGGUUCAAAAAAUAUGAAAAUCAAUGCAGUUUUUUUCAUAAUAUACAUUUUACAUGAACUUUCUGAAGCACAUUUAUAUAAUAAUUAACCAAAAAUGUAUUUUUGCUUCAAAAAUAUUGGACAAGUUGAUGACAACUUCAUGAACAGUACCAGAACAAGUCCAAGAAUUUAUUUUCUAAAUGUAAUUACAUGCCUUGACCACCAGAGGGAAAUUGUGUAUGUUAUUAUAAGAUUACAUGCCUGGAAAAAUGGAGAAUUUACUAAUACAGGGAAGAAUCAAAGAGUGUUGUCUUUCGCCAUGGGAAAAAUAAUGUGACUCCCUUGUAUUUCUACCACCAAUCAUCCCCUACCAUGUGUGUCCUGCCUACUACAGCCAUGGAACCCUACUUUUUUAAAGUUUUUUAAAUACUAAUUGUGAGUACCUAUCCCAUAGUUGUCUGAAAGAAAAAACUCCCUAUGUAAAGUAUAUCAUGAAUUCAUUAGAAGAGUCAGGCUUAUGCAUUCCAUAAUAAAAAUUAAUUGAAAGAUUUGUUGAAGCUGCUACUCUGCUUAGCAAUGUCCUCAAAACUAUCAGCUUGUGGGCUGGAGAAUCAUUUAGUCAUUGAGCCCAAAUAUAAGCCUAAGCGUACACUUACUUUAUUAUAAUUUCUUUCUAAAAGAGAUUUGCAAUUCAAUCACCAAAAAAGAAGUUGAUAUGUAAUUUAGACUCACAAGAUUUUAAAGUUUGGAAGAGACUGCCCAAGUCAGACAGUCCAAUGCAUUCGUUGUGUCUAAGAGAAGUGAAGCCAGGAAAUUUAAGUGGCUGAAGGAAGCUAUAGGUAGUUUGCAGGCACAACAAGCCUAGAACUCAGGUACCAAUUCCACAUUUCCUUUUUCAGACAAAAGAUCUUUAUGAUUGUGCAUAUUUAUUGAAUCAUCAAAUCUGUAAAACCUUUGGUGAAUGCUCUGGAGUCUGUUUUAAAUUAGGAAACAUGAAUUUUAAAGGAUAGGAUUUACUUGGGCAGCUGGCUGUCAAUUCUCUGAAUGAACUUCAAGACAAGGUCAUUGUGUGUGUGUGUGUGUGUGUGUGUGUGUGUGUGUGUGUAUGUAAAUACAUAUAGGCAUGAAAAUUAUCCUACAUUCAGGUGGUAAGGUAGUACUCUAACUUCUAAUGUUAAGAUUCAGGAAAUAACCUUAGAGAACUUUGUAUUUCUAAACUGCUUUGUACGGCUUUUGGAUCACAUGUAGGCAAAUACUGAUAUAUUGUAAAUCGAAUAAAAUUGGUGAUUAGAACAUUCCAAAAAGAGUAUCAUGGAGUCUGUGUUAGACCAAUAGUAUGAAUCUUUCAACUGAGAUUAAGAGUCCUAUUUCCUGGAACUGGUGCUGUGGCAUAGCGAGAAAGCCAACCCCUGCAGUGCCGGCAUCACAUGUGGGCACCGGUUUGAGUCCUGUCUACUCCAUUUCUGGUCCAGCUCUCUGCUAUGGCCUGGGAAAGCAGUAGGAGAUGGCCCAAGUCCGUGGGCUCCUGCACCUAUGUGGGAGACCCUGAAGAAGCUCCUAAGGACUGAACCAGUAGAUGGAAGACCUCUCUCUCUCUCUCUCUCUCUCUUUCUCUCUCCCCCUCUGCCUUUCAAAUCAAUCAAUAAAUAAAUCUUAAAAAAAAAAAAUGAGUCCCAUUUCCUUUAAAUAAGUAGUUUGGGUCACCCAGAGGCAGAAUUACUCAGCUUUGGCACUGCCAAUAUUUCAGCCUGGAUAAUUCUUUGUUGUAAGGGGCUGUCCUAUUCAUUGUUUUAUAUUUAGUAGCAUUUCACUAG